GCAUUACAGCGGAGACUCUGCACCUGUACCGGAGAGGAGAGGGCAAGGACGCGGACGCGCGAGACAGUACCGGUGCCUUUCCCUGUCUCUCUCUCUCUCUCUCUCUCUCUCCCUCUCUCUCUCUAUCUAUAUCUCUCUUUAUCUAUAUCUCUCUCUCACACACAAACACACAUACACAGACAUUAAUAAACACAUACACACGCGCACUUACACGCACUCACACGCACGCGCACGCUCCCGGUCCCGAAGCCGGUUGCACAAAAAAAAAAAAAGAGGAAAAAAAGGGGCAAAGAAAAGAAAAGAAAGAAGAUCAUCAGGUUGCAUCCUGAUUUUUUAUUUCUAUUUUCGGAGACAAAAAAAAAGAAGGAAUUUUUUAAUUUUAUUUUUUAUUUUAUUUAUUUAUUUUUUGGAAAAAAAAAAAAAAAAAAAAAGAGCAAACCCGGAACGAGCUAUGCGCGCACCGUCGGUCUCGGCGAGCCUGUGCCUCGCGCUGCUGGCGCUCGCGCUCGUGCCGCAGCCGGUGCGCGCGUGCGGUCCGGGCCGCGGCUACGGCCGGCGGAAGCACCCGAAGAAGCUGACCCCUCUCGCCUACAAGCAGUUCAUCCCCAACGUGGCGGAGAAGACGCUGGGCGCGAGCGGGCGCUACGAGGGCAAGAUCACGCGCAACUCGGAGCGCUUCAAGGAGCUCACGCCCAACUACAACCCGGACAUCAUCUUCAAGGACGAGGAGAACACCGGGGCCGACCGGCUCAUGACCCAGAGAUGCAAGGACAAGCUGAACUCGCUGGCCAUCUCAGUGAUGAACCAGUGGCCGGGGGUGAAGCUCCGCGUGACCGAGGGAUGGGACGAAGACGGACACCAUUUUGAGGAAUCGCUUCACUACGAGGGCCGAGCCGUGGACAUCACCACGUCCGACCGGGACAAGAGCAAGUACGGCACGCUGUCUCGCCUCGCCGUGGAGGCCGGGUUCGACUGGGUUUACUACGAGUCCAAAGCUCACAUUCACUGCUCCGUUAAAGCAGAGAACUCGGUGGCAGCGAAGUCAGGUGGCUGUUUUCCCGCCUCGGCUCGCGUUCGGCUGAAGGGCGGUGCGAUGAAGGAGGUGAAGGACCUGAAGGUGGGAGACGAGGUUUUGGCGGCGGACGAGUCCGGAAACCUCGUCUACAGCCCGUUCCUGAUGUUCGCGGACCGAGACGGCGCCAGGAGACGAACGUUCCGCGUCAUCGAAACCAAAAGCCCUCGUACGAGGAUCUCGCUCACGGAAGCGCACCUCCUCUUCACCGCCCAGAACUUCACGCUGACAGAGACGUUCGCCGGAGACGUCGAGCCGGGUCAGGAAGUGAUGAUCGUGGAGGAGGGAGGGGCCGGGCGGCGCAUCCGCGCAGUCAGGGUGGAUCGGAUUUACGAAGAAGCCCGCGAGGGGUGGUUCGCCCCGCUCACGGGUCACGGCACCAUCGUGGUCGACGACGUCCUUACCUCCUGUUACGCCGCCGUCCGGAACCAGAAGCUAGCGCAUUUAGCGUUUGCACCCGUCCGCCUUGUCCACAAGGUGGCGCCAUUUCUGUUCCACGGAUCGCUCCAGGACGACGGCGUGCACUGGUACGCCGACUUUCUGUACCGAAUCGGGACACGGAUUUUAGGCCAAGGCGCUUUUCAUCCGCUCAGCAUGGAGGACAAGAGCUGAAAGACAAAAACGCUCUCUCUCUCUCUUUCUAUAUAUAUAUAUAAAUAUAUCAAAGACUAAUAUAGGACAAAAGACAAUAUUAGAAUCUUAAAGAAAAAUAAAAAGAGACAAAAACAGGGCCCCCCUUUGUGAAAGAGGAACAAAAAGGAGGGAUAUUUAUUAUUUCACAGAAACCAUCUAAACAAAAAAAGGAAAGAAAGAAACUGAGCCUUAAAAGUGUCCUGAAUAAUUUAUUCACACGUGAACUCGGGCUGCUGAUGUCCCUCUGUCCCACACACACAGGAUUGUGUUUCAACAUAGGUGUGUGUGUGUGUGUGCGCGUCUGUGUGUACGUAUGUGUGUGUAUGUGUGUGUAACCACCCCGAUGUGCAGAAUCUAUUUUUGUAAACUUCAUGAAAGAAAAAAAAAAAAAAGGAUGAAAAAACGUCCUGCGGGGCCGAAGGCACGUGCCGAUCAUUUUCAAUGGCGUGGACGAGGGGGCGGAGCUUAACAUAACCAUUGUGCAGUCGAUGCGCUAGCUAUCAGAUUUAUCGCCAGCUUGCUACGUUUUAUUUGCGUCUAAUUAAAAGCAGUAAAAUAUAAUAGUUUUCAAUUUUGACUUAAGCCCCGCCCACAAUUUAGGACAAAAUUGGUACCGGCAACGAAUUUUCUGCACGUGCCUGCGUGCGUCCGACCGACUGACUGUUAUAUAUCUUUUUUUUUUUUUUCCGGGAUUGGCGGAUUCAGGGAAGGGGGAGGGGUUUCCGGGGGGGCCAUAAAUUAUAUUUUUCUACACAGAACUGUAAAUUAGAUUAUGACUGUUCAUGGUUGCAGAAUCACUUGAAAGUGUAAAUUAUGAGAAUAUAUUUUAAUUUAAAUAGUCGCCAGGAAUUCCGUCGUGUUAUUUUCCUUCCUGUUUUUAUCACCAUCAUUAUUAUUUGUACUUUUCUCCUCGUUCUUUUGCUCCCCCUCGCUUUCCUAACCGCAGAGUUACAGACUGAAUUCACACGUAACUCCUGUAAAUCUACUAAAAUGUCGUUUUUUUUCCCUUUCGUUUGUUUGUGUUUGUUUUUGUAAUAGGUGAAUAGUUUUAUAGGAAUAAAAUGUAGCAGAUAUGCACAGGCUUCAGUGUGUCAGGAAAAUGUAUAGAGAUGAUUAUUUAUAUGUUUAUAUUAUAAAAAGAAAA